GUGCGUGCAGGCUCUGUUUAGAGCUCUAUCAGCUGUGCGUGACGUCGAUGCAGCGCGCCCGCAGUCAGGUACAGUAUAGCAGAGCAGGCAAUGAAUGGUCGCUCUCAGAGCUUGUCCAUAUUUCAUUUAUUUAUUUAUUACUAGAUGUGAUACAGGUGACCUAGCUUUCAGUGUGUUUUCAGUGUUGCCCUCAGUAUAUUUAUAGGUUUAUUCACUAAAGUGAGAAUGACAAGUUAGUGUUAGAUUUGAAGUUAAUAUAGCUACACUGGGAAAACUCUCCAAGCCAGCUAUGUUUCACUUUGGCCAUCUGAUUGUAUUCAGCUGAUGACAAGGAAAAUGGCAGCUUGACCAUUUUUCUGCUUGGCUUCCCUACUUUCCUUUAAGUAAUAUGCCUUCCCUAAUUCUCUGGGAUUUCAACAUUCCUAUUAACCCACCCCUGACCUCCAUAGCUUCCAAACUCCUUUCUAUUACCUCAUCCCUUGGCUUAUUGCAGUGGGUAUAUAAUCUCACAUAUGUGGCUGGCAAUACCCUCGAUCUUAUUUUUAAUAAUGCAUGCACUAUCUCUAAGCUCCACAACACUCCAUUUCCUCUCUCAGAUCACAAUCUCUUAUCAUUUGUUCUUGAAAGACCCCUCACCCAACAGCCUCACCCUAACUGCCAUCAACUCAGAAAGGACCUGAAUUCUUUUGACCUCCAGCAACUAUCACCUGUUCUCCAUUCAAAACUCUCGUUCAUCCCCACUUUCUCCUGUCCCUCUCUGGCUAUCUUAUCAUAUAAUGCUACCCUCAACUCUGCCCUGGAUGCUGCAGCCCCGCUCCAAAGAUGCACCUCAAGGAAGACGCUCCUCCAACCCUGGCACACUAAAUCGACCCACUACCUGCAGAGAUGCUCCCGUUCAGCUGAACGCUGCUGGCGGAGGCCCGCACCUUGUCAAGCUUCCUCCAUUAUAAAUUGAUUUUGUGUUCAUAUAGCACAGCCCUCACCCUUGCUAAACAAUCCUACUUUUUCUCUCCUGUUGGUUCAUGCUCAUGUAGUCCCAGGCAUCUCUUUAAUACCUUCAACUCUCUCCUUUGCCCACCUCAAGCAACUCUUCAAACUGACCUUUCAGCAGGUAGCCUUGCAUGCUACUUUACCGACAAGAUUGAACAGUUAAGGAAAGAAUUCAACCCCCUUAGCUCCUCCCUCUUGCAACCACACAUGGACCGUACCUUCUCUACCCUACAGGCCUUCUCCCCAGCUACAGAACAGGAGUUGGUUUCACUUAUCCUCUCGUCCCACCACCUGUCCACUUGAUCCAGUACCUUCCCACCUCAUCAGAUAUCUCUCCCCUUGUCUUGUACAAUCCUUAACACACAUCCUAAACUUCUCUCUUUCAUCUGGUGUUGUCCUUGCUUCCCUUAAGUAUGCUACUGUCUUACCCAUCCUAAAAAAGCCAUCCCUAGACCCGUCUUCCCCUUCCAACUAUCGUCCCAUAUCCCUGCUUUCUUUUUCCACAAAGCUUCUAGAAAGACUUGUCAUUACUCGUAUAACUCCAUUCCUAAAUUACAACUCCUUCCUCGAUCCUCUUAAAUCUGGCUUUCGCCCUUACAAAACAUACUGAGACUGCUCUUUUUAAAGUUACAAAUGACCUAAUCACAGCUAACUCCAAAGGCCACUACUCCAUACUAAUUCUUCUUGGCCUCUCUGCUGCCUUUGACACUGUUGAUCAUGUCCUCCUCCUCCAAACUCUUCAAUCCCUUGGCCUCUGUGACACUGUCCUCUUGUGGUUUUCCUCCUAUCUCUCCCAAUGCUCGUUCAGUGUCUCCUUUUGCAAUGACACCUCCUCCUCUCACCCUGUCUUGGUUGGAGCCCCUCAAGGAUCUGUUCUUGGUCCUCUUCUGUUCUCUCUUUAUACUGCUUCUAUUGGCAAAACCAUUAACUCCUUUUGGAUUCCGCUACCAUUUGUAUGCUGAAGACAACCAGCUAUAUCUCUCCCCCAAGGUCCUGCAACGUGUCACUGCUUGCCUUUCUUCUAUUUCUGAUUGGAUGUCCUUCUGCUUUCUGAAACUCAAUCUCUCUAAAACUUACCAAAAGGUAAGCUGGAGUGUGCAAAUAGCAAAUUUAACCACACACACUCAGACGGAAUUCUCCACAUACAGAACACUCUGCCUUACACAAAGCCCUCAGCCAUCUCCCACGCACACACAAACAGAGUCCAAGGCCUUAAAAGGGAGCCAUAAUUUGUUAUAUGCUGCCAUGGGCCCUGGGUAAUCUUAAUGUGGCUCUGCCUACAUCCUGCCAUUUUUUGCAGAAAUAACGAAGUUAGAAAAGACUGCCACAAGAGGUGGACUUAAUCCUGUAACAUUGUAAACAUUGCAGGAUUCAAAGGAUAGGGCCUCUGCACCCAGACCACUUCAUUAAGAUGGAGUGUUUUGAGUUACUAUAGUAUUCCUUUGACUGGGCAGGAGAUAAGAACUUCCAAAUUAAAGGAAAACAAUGCUGUUAGGAAUACAAUACUGUAUUCCUAACACUAUAGCGGCCUUCCCAUGGAAAAUAAAGGGUUAAAAAAACAUCUAUUUACACUUACUCAGUUCCAGCUCCAAUGUUCCUCGGAACUGGUUCGCACUUUUCCGCUGUUGACCUCAGCCAGUGGCGGAACUGCAGCCAGUAUGGCUGCACCAGGGCUUGCACACGGAGACUGAGUGGGACCCAUCGGAGGGCACAUGCAUUUAGGGCACCAGGUGGGUUUUUCUGAAAAGGGGGCUCGGCCAGGCACUGCGGCCAACAAGAUGAAGUGGUCUGAGUGCCUUUAGUGUCCCUUUAAAACUGCUAUAGCAAACUUUAUCAAUCUCUUGAAUGCUACUGUAAUACUUACGGUAAAAUUGUAAAAUCCCUUAAUUUCUCCCCCUCCCUGAUUGUAGGAAUGAUCUCAUGCAAUGAAACUUCCUGUACCUUUUGAAAGGAGUGGGAGCUUACAUUUUCAGCAACUGUACAUUCGUUAUAUCAGUAGCUAGUAGUUUCUGGCAGAGAAAUGUGUUAAAUGACAGGCUGGUAAUCAUAACUAUAGUAUUAAUGAGUGUGAAUGAGGCUUAAGGACUAAAUUUCUACAGUGCACUUUAGUAGUUAUGGUGCCAGGAGUGCCCUGGUGCACCUCAUUGUAAGUAGUAAAGCCAUUUUAAAACGAUUUGACUUAACAGGCUCCACUCCCCGCCUUUACCACUUCCAAUAAAGAGCCAGAAGCUCUCUAUAGGAGCUUAUCUAGGGAUGCAGGGCUUAUUUCAUUACCUUAGAGCUAUCACCCGACACUCUCAGCCAAUGAGCUAAUCCUGCACUGCAGGGCUUUGCAUGGGGGAGCCUACUGAAGCUUCCGGCUCUCUGUUGAAAGUAAUGGAGACAGUAAUAAGUCAAACCGUUCUGAAAUGGCUUUACUAUUUAUAGUGCACUGUUAUGGUGCUUGGUGUGUUGUCCUUUUAAUGAAUACAUAUUUUAAAAAACACUUUAAUAUUAGAAAUACAAAUAUGGCCAACAUUAAAGGGACUCUCCAAUCAGAGUAGGUUACUCACCUGAUUUCCAGCACCGGGAGCCUCGUGAAGCCGCGCCCCCUAUUUCAUCAAAAUGACGAAAUAGGCGGGCGCGAGCAGGGAGCAAUCAGACUCUUCCAUUUGGAAGCGUCAUUGCUCCCUUGUGUGCAUGCGCGGCUUCGCCGCACAUGCACACAUACUUCGUAGGUCGGCACACCUCCCCUGCUUGUUACCUACAGUCUCCCUACUCUUUUCCUGCAUGUGACCCUACUCUUUUCCUGUAAAGAGAUCUGUUUAUUUCACAGUCUGUUUAAUUUAAAACUUUUUGUUUCCUGCUCUUUUAAUACCCUGCAAGAGCCUGUACUUGUCCUAAAAAAAAAAUUUCAUUUUUUUUUUUUUUUUUUUAUCAUCCACAGCAUAGACGAGUGUCCCUCUAAAAUAUAUGAAAAUCUUUUCAGUGAUCAUAUUGGAUAGAAUGUUGUUCCAUUUUUAGGGGAGAAUAUUAUGUUUUUUCUUUAUCAUUUCAGACUGAUGAUACGAACCAUGGAUAAUGCCCCACCUAGCAAAAGCAAGACAAGUUCCCUUUCUGGACCCAUUCAGGUAACAGAUGGCUUGUAUCUCAGCAAUGCAUCUGUAGCCAGCAAUUAUAUCUGCCUCACUGCACACCGCAUCACAUGUGUCAUCAGUGUCUACUUGGAAAACACUGACCAUCACUAUCCUAACUUUCAAUAUCUCCAUUUUCCAAUGGGCGAUACUCCUGAUUCCUUCUUGUUUGAGCACUUUGAAACCAUAUCAGACAAGAUUUGCAUUGUAGAAUCCAAUGGAGGACGUACAUUGCUUCAUUGUGCCGCAGGUAUUAGUAGAUCCCCAUCACUUUGCCUUGCCUACCUGAUGAAGAACAAUGGUUUGUCCUUACUGGCAGCACACACUUUGCUCAAAAAACGGAGACCAAUUAUUCGUCCCAACAAUGGCUUCUGGGAACAACUCAUUCGCUUCGAGAUGGAACUGUUUGGGAAGAACACAGUCCAAAUGGUAAACUCUCCAAUGGGACUCAUUCCAGAUAUUUAUGAGGAGGAAACAAAGAACAUGAUUCCAUUUUAAAAAUGUAGGCAAAUUGCAAAGAUUCAGACAGAUUAAAAUGUACUUGUUGUGGCUAUAACGUAGCAUCAAAUAAAAGAGCUUUACAUUGCAUCUAUACUAUUGUUCAAGCCAAACUGUGGCAAAUGUAUAGGUUUAUUUUUCCUUUUAAAGGGACACUGUAACCAUUUCAUCUCAAUCAAUUGGAUAACGUGCCUGGAGACCUCAGCUGGUGUUCUUCCAUCCAGUGUUAAAACAUUUUUGACCGGUGUAACGCUAAAUAAGUAACAGCCUGGCCCCUUCUGGACUUGUGGCUAAGGAGAUUAUACACUUCCUUCUAGUCAUAGACUGAAAGCAGUCAGCUGAGACCCAUAGCAAAUUACAGCUACCCAGGCAGGACAGAGGGGAUGGGCUGCUAAGAACUCUCAUUUAGCACUGCAAUCUUAUCUUAAAAUUGUUUAACUGUGAAUGGAAGGACACCGCCAUGGGACUUCAGACUUUACAACCACUUAAAUGCCAUGAAGCAGUUACAGUGCCUCAAGUGUCCCUUUAAUCAAACUGAAAAAGUUAUAACCCUUUCACCUUGAUUUGUAGAUUACUGGUAGAUCUAAUGUUGCAUGUUGCAGCAUGUUGCAGCAACAUCAUAAAUCACCUGUGGAAGCAGAAGCAAUGGGGACUGACUGCAGUACCUGGCAAUUGCUGCACUCAGCCAAUCAACGAUUCCUAUAGGGAGAGCAGGCAGUGAUUGGUUGAAACGGUCAGCAGACAAACUCUGCCUAUCACUCACUGACUAGUAUAGCAUAAUGCAGAGCACUCUCUCAAAGCCAUAAAGUCAUUGUGGACAGUGGUGUGAGUACUAAGUGGGCCCUACAUAAUUGCAAAAUUGUAAGAUGGUUUGGCAUGGAUGUAGGAGACAGCACCCACAAUUGCAGUCACUGUAACCACUUUAAUGAGUUGAAGUGGUUAUGGUGCCUAAAGUGUCCCUUGGUUGUGUUGUUUUUUAAACAAGUUGUGAAGCUGUUGUAAAAUAGGUCAACUACUUCUACAAGUUUAUCACUGACUUGUAAAGUUAGGUUUGUUUUUUUUUCCUCUUUUCUCUUGUCCCAUCCUAUUGAGCAAAUCAUGAUAGAUGAAAAUAUUCUGGCCUUCAAACCCUUACUGAAAGCUCACAGGGCUGCUGCUUCCUAUUGGUCAAGAGAUUCCCCUCCUACUUUGUCUGCUCCAUAAACACCAUUGUUGAACUUUCACAUUGACGAGCGCUCAUGGCAGAUGAGGCGCCAGGAGUUGAAGAGAAUCCUCCAGAUGGACAUGUCGGCAGCUGUGAGGGACAGCUUCAGGUUAUUAAAAUCUAUUUUCCCCUGCACCUUCAGGCCACUGCACACCAUGUUGCAAGUUCACCAUCCAAAGGUCUUUCCAAAAUAUGUCUUAAUAUUUCAAAAACUAUGGAAACUGUUUUAAAAUGUGCUGCCAGAUAUAUUAAUAGUCUAUAUUAUAUAACACCCUAAAAUAGACUUAAUAUCUCCUUACUCUUUGAAUGUGACAUUUUUGAAAAUGUGAAAUUUUUCCCCCUUUUUUCUGCUAGACUAUAUGCUCUAUUUAUUUUCUUCUUAUUUUUGUGUUUCAUGGAUAAGUCAUAUCUGUAUCAAGGUCCUUGUUAGAUGACUGUGCUUUGAUUGUGAUAAUGAAUUGAUAUUUUUGCAAGGUGGUGUGC